GCGUCCACUCAUUUCUUGCCCUUGACCAUGUCCGCCGUCCCACCUCCCAAUGACCCUCCAUCGAAUCCGGAGAAGCAAGACGGAGCCGCGCCCUCUGCCUCCGCGCAAACAAAUGAGGCAUCAAUGGAUACGACCCCAGACCAACCCGCAGAAGAGACAUGGGCGGACAUCCCGGAAGAUAUCAUGGAGCUCAGCACGGACGACAUCCUCACUAGAAUCAGGCUGAUUGAGAACGACAUGAAGGUUAUGCGUUCGGAGACCCUUCGAUUGCAACACGAGCAGAGCGUAAUGAAGGAGAAGAUUCGUGACAACGGCGAGAAGGUUAAACAGAACAAGCUUUUGCCCUAUCUGGUGUCCAACAUAGUUGAGAUUCUGGAUGUUGACCCUGAAGUCGAAGAGGACGGUGCAAAUCAAGACCUGGACUCCAUGCGCAAAGGGAAAUGUGCUGUUAUCAAGACCUCGACGCGACAAACCGUCUUCUUGCCACUCAUCGGCCUGGUCCCCUCCGAAGAUCUCAAACCUUCAGACCUGGUUGGUGUCAACAAGGAUUCUUACCUUGUGCUGGACACCCUUCCCGCCGAAUUUGACUCCAGAGUGAAAGCGAUGGAGGUUGACGAGAGACCCACGGAGACAUACACAGAUAUCGGUGGUCUCGAGAAACAGAUCGAAGAGCUUGUGGAGGCAAUUGUUCUGCCCAUGGAACAGGCUGACAAGUUCAAAACACUGGGAAUCAGGCCGCCGAAGGGGUGUUUGAUGUAUGGUCCGCCAGGAACUGGCAAGACGUUAUUGGCUCGGGCUUGCGCGGCUCAGACCAAAGCAUGCUAUCUUAAGCUUGCUGGUCCGUCUCUCGUGCAGAUGUUCAUCGGUGAUGGUGCCAAACUUGUGCGAGACGCAU